AUGUGAUUUAUGGUUUACAGUAAUGAAAGACUUUCGAUUCCUACGUUCCACGAAUUUUUCGUUUGUGCUUUGUCCUUUUUAAGACUGAUUCUGCGGAGGCCAAUUAGUUUUGGGAUUAGCAACGUUUCGUCAUUGGAUAGUUAUUUAAAAAAACGGUAAAACGAGGACGCAUCUGAAAAGUCCAACCGUUUUAUCUGGGUGACGCCAUCGGCCUAAAGCCUCGGAGCUUUAAAAUCUCCAAAGGCCUACAGGCAUUAGCACAACCAAGGUUGAAAGUCUGUUCGCUAUAGUUUCUAGUGCAAUAUAAAAACGGUUUGCGGUUUACCGGUAUUUAUUAGUUUGUGUUGUGCUCGAGUUGAAAAGUUUAAAACGUAAACAAAAAAGUUCCGGGCAAGAAAUCCUGAAAAAUAACAGUAUGUAUUGUAUAUGUGCAAAAAGUUCAGUUUAAGUAUAAAGUAUAAAAGUUGCUAGUAUAAAGAAGUUAUCGACGUGAUAUAAAAAGUAUGUUCGACAUGAUAUGGAGCGCGCGCGUUGUGCCUUCAAGAGCGAGUACUGCACAGGCUCUUAUUGAUACAGGCUAGAAUAAUUCAUCAUGUCAGACUCUGGUUCAGAAAGUUCCUCCUCAGAGGGUUACGAUGGGAGAAGAAAUGCAGUUGCGUCUACUGAUAAUGUGGCUUCACCAUGCUACUCUCAUCAUUCAUCUGUAUCGGGUCAUAAAUCUAGAGCAAGUUCUAUUUCUUCAAGAGGAAAAUCUCCAGCAUCUCUUAUGUCUGAAAGGGAUUCACAAUCACCAGCAUAUACAUCAAAUUCACCAGCAUAUAUACCAAUAUCUCCAAAGUCUCAGAGAUCUGGGUUAGCAUCUCCUAGUGAAGAAGGUUCUCCAAGAUCCAUGAGGAGUUUAUCAAAGUCACCACCUAAUACACCAAAAUCGUAUCGUUCGAGAAAUAAUUCUUUAGAUUCACCUAGAAGUGAUAGAAGUUUGUCUUGUUCACCUAUACCAGAUGAGAGAUCGUGCCCAUCUACUCCUAAUGAUUCAAAGUCUUUACAUUUAGAAGACACAGAACCUAAGCAAUUUGAGCUAGAGGUUGAUGCACAAAGGUCUGUUGAUAAUUCACCUAAAUCUUAUUCUUAUAAAAAUAGUGAAUCAAGACAAAGCUCGCCAAAAUCACCAAGGUCUGGACAUAGUUCAGCAAAAUCAUUAAUUUCUGGAAGAAGUUCUCCAAAGUCAGGUCCAGCUUCUACAAUGGAUGAUCAAGAAUCAGAGAAGCAUUCACCACCCACGAAAAGUGGUUCAUUUAAUGAAUUAGAUGGAGAACAAAUUUCAGACGGAGAUAUCGAAGACGAACCCGAAUCUAUUGCUAAGUCAAAACCUGCACCAAUUACACACGGUGAAGAUUUGUCAGAUGUUUCUGAUCUUGAAAGUAUGGAUGGAGUCGAUGGUACCGUAGAGCAUGAAUCAGAACUUAAAGAAAAUAAUCAGAACGAGGAUAGACGUAUAGGAGAUAACGAUGACAAAAUGGAGAAAGAAGAUAAAAAUGCACAGGUUGGAUUAACAGAGGAAAGUGAACAGUUAGACUUUGAAGCAGAUGGUCAAUGGAAAGAUGAACGUGAUGAAGGUGAAACAGACGGACCAAAUGUUAAAGAACACAAAGAUGACAGAGAUAGAAAGGAUAAGGAUAAAGAUAAAAUUAAGUUGAAAGAUAGUGGUGAAGGAAAUGACAAAGAAGAAGGAGAAGAAGAUGGGGAGAAAGCAGAAUCAGAAUUAGAGGAAGGUGAACUAAGCGAUGGGGAUGAUGCUCGACCAGAAGAAACAGAACCAAGGCCUGUUUGUCGUUUUUACAACCGCGGUCAAUGCACGUGGGGUGUGAGUUGUAGAUUUUUACAUCCAGGUGUAACAGACAAGGGUAAUUAUACAAUGUUUGAUAUGGUAAGGCCAAUGGCAUAUCCACCGCAUGCAGCCACUCAGCAUGAGUUCAGGCCGCAUAUCGAUAGACCAAACAUGGUGCGACCGUUGCCUGGUUAUGGUGCACCAUCGCAUACACCUAAAGUAGAGGAAUUACCUACUGAAUCUGCGUGGGAACGUGGAUUACGACACGCUAAAGAAAUGAUGCGCAAAGCAAACAAGCGUAAAGAAUCGGAUAUGGACUUCGAAGAGAAGAAGAUGAAUUUAAGCUUAGGUCAAGAUGAAUUAGAUAGAGAAGCGGGUUACUAUGUAAGAGCAGCUAGCCCAGAACCACCUGUCGAAAGGUGGCCACCUCGAGAGGCUCCUCGAAGAAUACCACAACCAAGAAUUACACCUGAGAGAUACAUCGAAGAACCUGAUCCUUACUACGCACCACCAGCAGCACCACCGCCAGAGUAUUAUAGAAGAGUACAUUACAAAGCAGAUUCUCGUGUUACGGAAUACCGAGAACGAAUCGACUAUCAUACUGUACCUCGUGGUACACCUCAUUCCGUUUCUCCACCGCCACAUACAAGAGAUCGUGAAAGGGAAAGGGAACGUGAACGUGACAGAGAACGAGAGUAUUAUGAGAAAUAUGAGAAAAAGCACAAGCGUCCGUCAAGAGAAGUUAUAGUGGAACGUAUUCCACCAACGAAACCAUGGCGGGAGGAAGAACCACCGCCAGUGGAAAGAGGCAGAGGAGAUGAAUGGGCGGAUCCUUGGAUGCGGCGGAAAUCUCCAAGUACUGUGCGACGGAAUACGUCGUCUCGGCGUUCGCGAAGGCAAUCUUACUCUUCAGGUUCUUCGUAUUCGUCAACAAGUUCUAGCCGUAGCUCGAGCCGAUCUAGCUACAGUUCUUACGACUCCCUAUCCAGGUCCCGUUCACCAUCCCCUCCCUCUAGAACCCGUGGUGCUGGCAAAGGAAAAGCAGUCGUGUCAUCGCCACCCUCAAAUCCUCCGACAGUCGCAGCUGCUGCGCCCCAACGCGGUGCCAUGCUAAUGAACCCACCUGCUCCUUCUCCACGUCCACCGAAAGGUUCCAUUUCACCUACAACCGGUACGUUGCACCGACGUGCCGGGUUGAAUCCUCCUGCACCAAGCCCUCUAUCGUCUCAUCAACGUCAUCAUGAGAAAGCAAGAGACAAAGCAGCUAUAGCAGCAGCUGCUGUGGCAAAAGUUAUCAAAAGUCGAUCAAGAUCCAGGUCUUCACAUAGCAGUUCCGGAUCGGAGAGCAGUGGCAGCAGCAGUGACUCCAGCGAAUCAAGUUACUCGUCUUCUUCCAGCGAGACACGUCGCAGGAAAGGGUCAACACCACCAAUAGCACGAAAAGACUCAAAGGGUAUCGAUGCCCUAAAGCUAAGUGGUACUAAACAACAGAUCAAGCUCACACUGAAACCAACCAAUAAUGCCACGGCUGUAAAGAAGAUCGAUCGAUCUGGUAUGAUGGCUGGGAAGAAAAGGCCGUUAGAAUCACCGCCUCUAAUCGAUAGCAAAGCAAGUGUUGCCGCAGCUGCAGCGAAAGCAGCUAAAAAAGCGAGUUCGAGGCGAGAAGAACUGUUGAAACAGCUUAAAGCGGUGGAAGACGCUAUCGCUCGUAAAAGAUCAAAAGUUUAAUAACACAGUCUAACGCCUUAAAGGUAAAUAUGUACCUCUACUUGCAUAAAUAUUUCGAUAUUAGAUGUAUCGUGUAAUUAGCUGCUGUAACGUAACGUGUGAUGUCAGAACAGAAUUAACUAAGCAGAUUGUUCUCUAACCGCGAAAUCAAGAUUUUAUCUUUCCUCUCUUGGUAUAAUAUGUAAACAGACACACAAUAUUGAAUGAACAUGUCAUUACUGUACAGUUUCUUCAUUGUUGGAUCUUAGAAAACCACGUGCGUCUUUUCACGUAUAAAAUAUUACAUAUAUAUAGUAUAUGUAAGAAUCUUGAACAUAUUGAAAUUUUUUUUAAGAAUCGAUUGAGUAUAGGGAUUUGUAAAGAUGAAAAAGUAAAUAAAUUGCUGGACUAUGUCAUGGAAAGAAAUGCCAAACGCACGAAAACGAAAAAUAAACAUGUAAUUUAUUUAUGUAUAAAUGACAAAGAUUUGGUUAAAGUAUGUAAAACGCAUAUGAUUGUCACGGAUCUAACAUUUCUAAGCACGAUAUGCAAGCAAGUUUGGUGAUAUUAAACGACAAUAAGAUGUCGCGCCUGUACAAAUCAUCUAUAAUUUCUUCUUUUUUUUUAUUUUGUUAACCGAUUAAGUAUAUAUUUCUUAGGUUAUCAUUUAGAAAAAAAAACAUCAUCCAUAAAAAAUAAUUGCAUUCAAUAUUAGGUAUUAAUUAGAAUGAUCGUUAAUAAAAGUAGAUAAUCAUCGGAUAAUAGGACAGUUUAAAUUAAGGAAGAAACAUGAAUUCAAUAUAACAAAAUAUAAAUGCACUCUGUAAUGUGCAUUAUCUUAUAUUGCUGCUUUUUAUGUUAUGUUUAUUGCACACAAAAGGGUGAAGUCGUAUAAUACUGUCACCAGAAACUAUCCAAGUAUGUAACUACUAUCAAAUUUUGUACUAUUCUUAAAAUAGUAAUUACACAAAAAAAAUAUAAAAUUUGUUGGACGAACGUAGCGAUGCGAAAAACUAUUAAGAAAAAUGUAUUCUUUUAUACAACUUUUUAUAGGCUAGUGAAUUAAAUUCUACAUGCAACAGUAGUAAAAUACAUAACACCUGAUAAAUAUGUGAAAAUGAAAACACACACACACAACGGAUGUGACAAUGUAUUUUGUACUUUCGAUGACAGAUUAUAUUAAAUUCGUACUGCAAACCCCUUAUCUACUAAUGGGAGAAUCACUUUGUUAACAAUAAAGUUUAUUAAAUACAAAUUACAAAACAAGGUCAGAAAAGGUAUAUCCAUAACAAUGAUUGUAUUAUGUAGAUAUAGUGUGAUUGGUUGAACAAUCCAUACAGAGGUAGAAAAGAAAUACGUACUUUGUUUCAGUAUAUUGUAUAGCCUAUCCAAGAUAAAUGACAAUUGUUUCAGAUACUUACGUAAUUUAAUUCAAAUUUCUAUCGCAAAAGUAGUCAUUUCUUUUAUUUACAUAAAAUAUCACCAAAAAUGCGUUGAUGAUUUCAAAUACGUAUUCAAAAUUGGCAAAUACCCCAACAGUUGAGUAAACCCCUUCCCCAAGUAAUAUAAAAUCACUUCCUAAGUUUGGUUUAGUAAACUUUUCCCGUUGAUACAUCGUACAACUAAUAAAUAAGACUAUUAUACAAUUCAGGAAAAUUGUAUUGAGAAAUGUAAUUAUAAGAAAGUUACCUAAAACACCGACAACUUCGACCAAUCCAACCAAUAAAAAAAAGAAGUUAGGGGUAUUUCAUUAUUUUUAUAAUCUAGAGCUAGUUGCGUCAGUUUCUAAUGGUCUAUUGACACCAUUUGCAUCAGUGUUAUCUUGAUUCGUGCGAAUUGGAAGUCCCAUAAAUCUGUUUGUACCAUUUAAAGUGCUGCGCCUCGAUCUAAUAGUAGUGUUGUUAUCAUGAAUCUUCACCUCAUUAUAUUUAAAUAAACCCUCACCAGGUGGAGGUAACGUA